AUGAAGUCCCUCCGCACACGCCGCUCAACACCCUCCACGGUCCCCCAAUCCCGCCCCCCGAAACAAAAACUCUCGAAAUCCAACAAGGAUGCACGCAAGUCCCGAGUCGACGACAAGAUGAAGCGCCGCAUGUCGGCGCGGUACGCAGACAUAUCCGACCCGCGCGACGCCGAGGUCCCAGACAUGCCGGACCUGCGUGACCUGAGGCGGAUUGCGCAGAGCUCCGUCGGAGGUCCGGCCCAUAUCAGUAAUAAUAAUAACAAUAAUAACGGGCGUCACUACCAUAGUACGUUUGACGACGAGGACGACGAGGACGGUGGUUUGGCUGGGAUCGGAUCGAGUACGGGCGUGGCGAGGAGGGAAGAGCCGAGGGUGGACGUGUUGGAUGUGAGGGACUUGGAGCAGGAAGAGUUUGAUCCUGAUGCGUAUUUGAGGAGUAAAUUGGCGUCGAGUACCGAGGCCGAGUUGAGAGCCUUUCAGACGGCGUUGCAGACGACCAAGGAUGCGACCGCGUUGGAUUUACAAAAGAAUGUGUUUAAAAAUUAUUCAGAUUUCGUGGUUAUUUCCAAGGAGAUUAGUACUCUUGAAAACGACAUGCUCGAACUCAAGGCUUCUCUCCAAGAAUGGAAGAAUAUGCCCACUCUCCUUGCGCUCGAUCCUUCGACAAGCAAUACCACGGGCGAAUCGGCCAAUGUGACGGAUGCAAGACGGCGGACUGCGCGGUCAUCUAUCGCCGACUUGCGCACGCUAUACAUUUCCCAACUCCAAACGCUCCAUACGACCAUCGAGGGCUCCGCCACGUUUGUGCCCACGAUCCCAGGACGACACAUUAUUGCCGAAGCCUCGGACUUGCAACAGCUCAACGCGGCGACCUAUCGUCCCGAACACGGCGCACACAUUGUGCUCCUCGACGACACGCUCCUCGUCGCGCGCCGAAGACGCGGAAGAUUAGUUGCGGACCGUGCCUGGCAGCUGAGCGAAAUCAGUCUCGUCGAUGUGCGCGACACGUCCGAGCUCCAGAAUGUGUUCAAGAUCAAACGAGGGCAGGAUACGUUUGUGUACCGGACCGAACGGCUGUCGGAUAAGCGCGCGUUGCUUUCGCAGUUUAGAAAAGCGGCGGAGGAGUUGGCGGCUAGGAAGCGCAAGGAGCGUGAGGGGGAGCAUGAGAAAAGGCGGAGUUUGUGGGUUGCAGGGGAUCGCAAGUCUCUGGUGUUCGAUGCGUUGCCUGCGUUGCCUGCUUGGAUGGCCGAGAUGGCUGCUGGUUCGGGGGGUGCGGCUGCCAAAGCUGAACAGGACGAGAGGUGGAUCAAUGGGUUUAUUGACGAGCUUACGGUUGCGGUUGCGUUGAGAGAUUGGGAUUCGGCAGUAAACUUGGUGGUCAAGGGCCAGGGCAGGACAGCCAUGAUGCCCGGAUUGUCGUCCAAACUUACCCCACUUGCGGAACAACUCACGGCUGACCUUCUUGGGGCUCUAGCGGAUCCAGCUCAGCGUCGAUCUUCCACCAUCAAACUCGUCGCAUACAUUGUUCGGCUAGGACCUGACGCACUUGUUCGCGCUAGGGAUAUGUUCCUCAAUGCACGCGCAUCAUUGAUGCGUAGACGCGUGCGGGCAAUCCGCUUUGAGGGUGACGUUCGAGCAUACAUCAAGGAAUUGGCUUUGAUUGUGUUUACGAGCGUCAAGCACACGGCCGAUUGGUACCUGGCUUCAUUCAAGGACUUUGAAAUGGCAUCAGGGAUGAUUCGCUGGGCAAAGGAACAGGUUGAAGACUUUGCCAAACUGUUUUGUAUCCAAGUUUAUGGUUCCGAGACAAACGAGUAUGACCCGACCCAUAGUGAAGAAGAUACUACGGUUGCACAAGAGUGCAUCCAAAUAGCUAAAAACCAGAAUCGACGUUUGCUUCGCGAUAUCGGCAUGGACUUUAGCUUUGUGUUACUUGACUUGAUAUCACUACCAGCACCGCCCUCCGAAACCAAGCCGCAGAUACAGACACAGCUCGUUCCCGAGAUUUCUCUGCCGAGUACGCCGACCGAAAGUCUUGCGAGUCGACCUCCACGACCACCUCGUAGCCCAGCCCCUCCUCCGCCACGGUCACGAGACAGAGAACGGGAAGGUUCGACGGGAAGGAGGGUUGGUGAAGAGAGACACCGUGUUCAGGUAGACUUGACGAGUCACGAUGCUGAAGAAUACAAUUGGCCAUACGUGUUUGAAGUAUGGAAGAAUGUUAGUAGUAGUGAGAGCGAAAGGAUACACGUAAAGGAAGUGUGGUCUACUCCGAUGUUCUGGAAUAAUAACCAGCCUGCCGGAAGUUUUAUCCGCUUUCGAGUCUGGGAUGCGAAUGAUUCUGUUCGCCAAUCGAGCUUUAUUCAAGUGCAACCGAAUACCACCACCUCCACGUCGACCAUAAGCAUGGUGUCUACAAGAUUAGGAGCCUCAAUAAAUGCAAAGGCCACCUUGACCUCGUAUUCCACAAACUUUCGCAUCGCUACAAUCUUGACUUCAGGAACCAAAACUGCAUUCCCAACUGCAAUGGUUAGUUCUACCUCUGCGAAUGCCUAUACGGGUGCCAUUGCGGGUGGAGUUGUGGGCGGGGUCUUGCUACUUGCAAUUAUUACUGCUGCCCUGAUAUUUUUCCUUCGUCGGCGCCAAUCUAGGCCGCACGUAUACAAAGAAAAGAUGGGUUUGUUCAACCAACCGGCGGUUAUUACUCCAUUCAUAUACGAAGGUCCACCUCAAACUCGCACCCAACCACAGCGAUACGACGAACCGUCCAGACCCUGUCAAGAUGCUGAAGGCUCCCCACCCUGUUAUUCCCCUCCCCCGUCGAAUUUAUACCCAUCAACCUAUACCACACCUUCCUCAACAAAAAAGGGGGCUUACACGCCAGUUAGUACCGUUCCCCACUAG